UGUGUGAGUGCAGUCAGGGCAGUGCAGACUCAAUUCCAGCCACAGCCGCUGCGCUGAGUAUGGAGUGCAUCUUCCAACCCGGGAUCCACAGACCUCACCGUACCCAUCGCCACUGCUAAAGUGCAGCAGCAGCAGCAGCAACGCAAAAAAGAAACAGCCCCACACAACAAGACUACUGACACAUCACCGGAGUCACAGCAUCUCUACGGGUCGCCUGCAAACCAGACCUUCAUCUCCAGCAGUGUACGAGGUGAUGAUUCCAGUCGGACGGUAGGAAGCAUUUCUUCACACAGAAGGAUAAGGAACUAUGAAAAAGAUGAGCAACAUCUAUGAGUCGGCUGCAAAUACACUGGGGCUCUUCUCCAGCCCCUGCUUGACUAAAGUGGAACUGAGGGUCUCGUGCAAAGGGAUAUUGGACCGGGAUGCGCUUUCCAAACCAGAUCCCAGUGUCAUCCUCAAAAUGCAGUCACAUGGCCAAUGGCUGGAGGUUGACAGGACUGAAGUGAUCCGCACCUGCAUAAACCCGGUCUUUUCCAAAGUUUUCACAGUGGACUUUUACUUUGAGGAAGUUCAGCGACUCAGGUUUGAAGUCUACGACAUUGGAAGCAACCAUUUGCACAACGGAGUGAAGGAUGCCGACUUCCUUGGAGGAAUGGAAUGCACUCUCGGACAAAUUAUAUCACAGAGAAAACUUUCAAAAUCACUACUGAAACAAGGGAACAGUGCUGGAAAAUCAUCUAUAACGGUAAUUGCUGAAGAAUUGUCAGGGAAUGAUGAUUAUGUAGAACUGUCUUUUGGCGCCAGAAAGCUAGAUGAUAAGGACUUUUUCAGCAAAUCCGACCCAUUUCUGGAAAUCUUCAGGUUGAAUGAUGAUGGGACGCAGCAACUUGUUCACAGAACAGAGGUCGUCAUGAACAAUCUAAAUCCAGCCUGGAAAACAUUUAAAGUCUCUGUAAAUUCCCUCUGCAGCGGAGAUCACGAUCGCAAACUGAAGUUGAUAGUGUGGGACUGGGACUCGAAUGGUAAGCACGACUUUAUCGGAGAAUUCACAUCAACCUUUGUAGAAAUGCGUGGAGCGAUGGAUGGCAGACAGGUUCAGUGGGAGUGCGUCAACCCCAAAUACAGAGUCAAGAAGAAAAAUUACAAGAACUCGGGCAUUGUUAUUCUCCACCUCUGUAAGAUUCACAAGAUGCACUCCUUCCUUGAUUACAUCAUGGGUGGAUGUCAGAUUCAGUUUACAGUAGCGAUAGAUUUUACAGCCUCAAAUGGAGAUCCACGCAACAGCUGCUCUCUCCACUACAUCCACCCGUACCAGCCCAAUGAGUACUUGAAAGCACUGGUGGCCGUGGGUGAGAUCUGCCAAGACUACGACAGUGACAAAAUGUUCCCUGCCUUUGGGUUUGGAGCAAGGAUACCGCCUGAUUCUAGCGUUUGCCAUGACUUUGCAAUCAACUUUAAUGAAGACAAUCCAGAAUGUGCAGGUAUACAGGGAGUCGUAGAAGCUUAUCAGAAGUGCCUUCCAAAGAUCCAGCUUUAUGGACCGACGAAUAUUGCUCCAAUUAUUCAAAAGGUGGCCAGUUCAGCCUCGGAGGAAAUGCAUACGAAGGAGGCAACUCAAUACUUCAUCCUUCUGAUUUUAACUGAUGGAGUGAUUACAGACAUGGCUGACACCAGAGAAGCCAUCGUUCACGCUUCCCAUCUCCCAAUGUCGGUCAUCAUCGUGGGGGUUGGAAACGCGGACUUCAGUGACAUGCAGAUGUUAGAUGGAGAUGACGGCAUUCUCCGAUCCCCAAAAGGGGAACCAGUUUUACGAGACAUUGUUCAGUUUGUGCCAUUCAGGAACUUUAAGCAUGCAUCUCCUGCUGCUCUUGCAAAAAGCGUCCUUGCAGAAGUCCCCAACCAAGUGGUGGACUAUUACAGCAGCAAAGCAAUUGCACCAAAAUGUCUGUCAGACUACGAGUCUUCCAGAACACUUGCACCGUAAUAUUUCUUCAGUGACCUUUUGCUUAGUACAACGUAUGAUGUAUAGUGCGUCUCAGUGAUUUUUAAAUGAAUGACAAAAAAAAAACUUUUUUGCAUGUGUAGCCAUUGAGGCUUGCAUUCUCUUACGCUGUUGUACUGUUGACAGAUUUUUACAAGAUGGACUACUUUACAUUACAGCAUGUCGCCUUGAAACGUAUCUGUAUCUGGUUUUUAUACAGGUUUAUUGAGAUUUUACUAAAUUUCUUAAUAUUCUUACACUAUAAAGCAUUUUGGAACAUUUAUUGAGAGUUGAUAGUGGACAGUAUUAGUGCCAUCUGUUCCUUAUGAAGGAUUUUUCAAAACUGAGGAUGCAUGGAUUGUAUUUUGCAUGUCUAUAAUAAAAUGACACUGUUUUCCAA